UUUAAAAGCAAAGUAAACCUUUUUUGAUAAUUCUUAAAUUCUCAUUAGUUAAGAAAUUUUAGCUUGGAUAUUAUCUCGAAUCUGUGAUGCGUUUGUACAAUUGAGUUUGUUCUGAUUCAUCCUGAAUCCCAAAAAUUCCACAACAUUGCGUUGAUGAGGAGCCAGUGACUUAUAUCAGGGAGAUCUCUUUCCGUGUGAAAAGUGUGGCUCACUUUUCUUGAAUUGCGGGUGUGUUGCGUGUUCACCGUGCUGUGGACAAUUUGCCGUGUUUGAUCUUUACCAUCAUUCAGUUUCCACACGAAAAUGGUCCUGUUGGCUGCAGCAGUAUGCAACAAAACGGGGAAAGCGCUGCUAUCCCGUCAGUUUGUGGAUAUGACACGGUCACGUGUCGAGGGAUUACUGGCAUCUUUUCCCAAAUUGAUGACCACGGGGAAGCAGCACACUUUCGUGGAGACCGAGUCCGUCCGCUACGUGUACCAGCCCAUUGAUAAGAUUUACAUGGUCCUUCUCACCACGCGCAAUAGCAAUAUUCUCGAGGAUCUGGAGACGCUCCGCUUGUUCGCCCGUGUGAUUCCGGAAUAUUGCAAGGUUCUGGAUGAGGCCGACGUGAUAAAGAAUGCGUUUUCGCUGAUUUUUGCAUUUGAUGAAAUUGUGGCGUUGGGCUAUCGGGAGAAUGUCAGCUUGGCACAGAUUCGCACUUUCACGGAAAUGGAUUCUCAAGAAGAACGCAUUCAAAUGGCUUUACGACAGACCCAAGAGCGUGAAGCGAAAGAGGCGUCCAAGCGCAAGGCCAAGGAACUGACGCAGCUGCGGAAAGAUGCGGCGAAAACCGGCCGCGGAAUGCCGGCCGGAAUGGGCGGUAUGGGUGGCGGUGGUCACGGCAUCUCCGCGUCCAGCCCAGUCAGCACACCCAUCGUGGAGAGUCGGGUGGAUGAAAAGCCAGCGUAUACGUCCAGUCGGCAGGUUACAUCCGGUAAAGCCAUGAAACUGGGAACGAAAGGCAAGGAUGUGGAUCAGUUUGUGGAUAAAUUGCAAUCCGAAGGAGAACGCGUCAUGUCGUCGACAUCUACGCAAGUGCGAAGUGCAGCAGAAACACCGGCACAGUCUGCAGCAUCUGCUGGAAAAGAAAGCGUGCACAUUGAAUCUAAGGAAGACAUCAAACUGAGCGCCGGUCGUGACGGCGGCCUGGAGAACAUGGAAAUCACCGGUGUCCUCUCCUUCCGCGUAUCAGAUGAGCGGAUGGCCCGUUUGGCCUUGAAGAUUGAUCUGGGCAAUGAACGCACUCAAAUUCAGCUUCAUCCGAAAUUCGAUAAGGAAAAAUGGCGAGCGGAAGGUAUUGCCGCGUUGAAAAAUCCCGAGGAGGCAUUCCCACUGAACAACGAGAUCAGCAUCCUCAAGUGGCGCCUGCAAACGACGGAGGAAAGUGAAAUUCCACUGGCCAUCAAUUGUUGGCCGUCGGAAGCUGGGAAAGGUUGCUCGGUGAAUAUCGAAUACACACUGAACAACGAGGAUGUGGAAUUGCGCGAUGUGGUUAUAACCAUUCCCAUACCACCGGGCACCGGCAGUCCCGUUGUGGGCAGCUGCGACGGCGCCUACUCGUAUGAGCGCAGUGCCCUGCACUGGCAGAUUCCCCUGGUUGAUGCCAGCAACAAUAGCGGUACAAUGGAAUUCAGCACCCCCGGCGGCAAGCCCAGCGGAUUCUUCCCGGUUAAAGUUGAUUUCACCAGUUCCACGAGUUUACUGGGCGUCACGAUUGACGAAAUUGUCACGGCCACCACCGAUGAACCCGUCAAAUUUUCCACGGAUCAUAAAUUAAAUGUGUCGAAAUAUGAAAUUGUUUGAUGCGAGAACUGAGAGAAAUUGCUGGUUUUUUAAAACUUGUAUUUUUUGUAAUCUGUUUUAUCACAUUUCGGCACGCUAUUUAUUCCACAUUUUACACGUCGUUAAAGGAGAACUGGGUUAGUUGGAUGUAAUGAAAAUGUCGAGUGUUUAUUCAGAGAGAAUCGUUGCAAACGGAUCUAGAAUGAAAAUAAAGCCAUUAAG